UAGUUUCCAAUAAAAAUAUUUUAUUGCAAUUUAUUUUUAACGAGACCCCAAUUAGCUUGUCACAUCGUUAACAGCUCAGUCGGACCUGAGAACUUGGCAGCUUACUACAAAUGGAAAAUAAAAUAAAAUUGCUGGGGACAUGUUUUAUUCUGUUAUCAAAAUCUUUGGCAACAGCCAACAGUGAUGUAUCAUCGUUUCAAUUGCUUGCCAGAUUGUCAUUUCCAACGGUGGAAACUAAACCGUACAACAUGCCGAGUUCGAAGGAAAUAGAUCCAAAAAAGAGUUAUGCCGACGAGAAAUUUGAAAAGCUCCAAGAAUACUACAGCUACAUGAACGGACGGAUCAAGGAGCCACAUAACCCGACUGAGCGUAAGGAGAUUCUAGAAAGUGCCGAGAAAAAACUCUUCGCGUUCAUAGACGCGCACAUUAAAGAUUUGAAGCGACUCCUGUUUGCAACCGACAUGGCUCUCAUGUCCAUGGUCUUGCUGAAGUUGAACAAGAAAAUGGACACGUCUGAAGCGAAGAUCCGGUCUACGCAGGCCAAGAUACCGUUCGGGUUGUACACGAGUCCAGAGUUCAAAUGCCUGGGGACGUCUUACUACAUCGCAUCAGCUCACAACCAGGAGGACGCCCAGAUGAUCCUUUCCAGUGAGAGGAAGCCGCACUGCUACACUUUCAGGGGUGCGUUCUCCUUCAUCGGUUUCUACCACCGGCACUCGGAGACCACGUACGUGGGGCCGCACGCCGAGCAGUUCCAGGCCAAGGACCCGUCCCAGGGCCUCUACUGCCACUCCGAUGACAACUGGAGUGACGCACAGUGCAUCUACAAGAUCAAUCCCCGCGAAGAAUUCCCUGAAUCAGUCGAAUACGAACCGAAGGUGUCGUACAUUUGCGGCCCAUACCGCUACUUCAUCCCGGCCACUACGGACGUUCGCUGCAUAUUCUCCAUCUUCUCCAUGAACUUCAUCUUCCGAUUCGGGUACGACGGCGUCACGUAUAAGAACUCGGACUUGUCGUUCAUGUACCAGAACGGCCAGGUGUUCUACACGGACGAGCCAUGGGCCGGCAUGUCUUGCUGGAACUGGGCUUGCAAGUGGCGCCACAACCAGAAUAUGCGCUCCAACGAAUUCUUCGUACAAUAAAAUCUAUACUAACAUUAUAAAGCUAGAGUUUGUUU